UUUCUCUCUCUAGUUGAGGACCUUCCUGCAACGAAACGAUGCCAUUUUGCCUGUAUUCUCUCUGCCCCAUUUACAGUUUUCGGAGUUUUUUUCUUUAUAUGAUCGUGGAGAGCGGAAUGGAGGCUUGGAUUUCCACUAAUGGCGAGAAGUCUUUGGUCGAUCUCGGAUAUGGCAGCUUCGGGUGCUCCCAUUAUAGAAGGAGGUGUAAGAUCAGAGCACCUUGUUGCAAUGAAAUAUUUGAUUGCAGGCAUUGUCACAAUGAAGCUAAGAAUUCAUUAGAUGUGGAUCCUCGCUUGCGCCACGACAUUCCUCGCCAUGAUAUAGAAAAAGUCAUCUGUUCCUUGUGUGACACCGAACAAGACGUGCAACAACAUUGUAUUCAAUGUGGAGUUUGUAUGGGGAAGUACUAUUGUUCAAAGUGCAAGUUCUUCGACGACGAUGUUUCAAAGAAGCAGUAUCACUGCAAUGAAUGUGGUAUUUGCAGAGUAGGAGGCGAGGAGAACUUUUUCCACUGCAAAAAGUGUGGUUGUUGCUAUUCAAAACUGAUGGAGAACUCCCAUAAUUGUGUGGAAAAAGCAAUGCAUCAUAACUGUCCUGUUUGCUUUGAGUUUCUUUUCGACACAAUGAGUGACAUUUCCGUUUUGCCGUGUGGACACACGAUUCAUCUAGAAUGUGUGAAGGAGAUGGAGCAACGCUUACAAUACACAUGCCCUGUUUGCUCAAAAUCCUACUGCGAUUUGUCGAGCGUGUGGGAAAAACUGGAUCACGAGGUUGCGUCGACGCCUAUGCCUCAAAUGUACCAACAUAAGAUGGUAUGGAUCCUGUGCAAUGACUGUAGCGAGAUAUCAGAGGUUAAUUAUCACAUUGUAGCACACAAAUGCGUCAAAUGCAAGUCCUAUAAUACAAGGCUAACACAAGGAGGGCCCUCUUCAUGCUCUCCAAGGAUUGCUCAAAUUGUGAGAUGAUCUGAUAAUUAUAUGACUAACUUCCAUACAAAAAAUUGGUUUAAGGGGUACUUAUCUCUAUCAUUAUUUCUAGCAUCUAACUUAUUAUAGGCCAUUCAUUUAACUCUUAACCUGGUGGUUUCUUUCUUUGCAAUUCCACCAAUUAUUGUGGAAAUAUGUUUGUAUUGUAUUGGAGCUUAUUAUAUUAAUGUAUGGUAUUGAAUAAGUUUUUUUUA